AUGAUGCUUCGCGUAGGACUGGCUUUUUGCUGUUUGGUCUUUGUUGCCCAGGCAUCAUGGCUGAGUCUCCCUUCGCUUGCACUGCGAGCGACAAAACAUAUGCUUUCGUUCGACAAAUUGCCAGAACCUGUUGAAAAGAUCGCUGAGAAAGAACAAGUGCAGUACGAUGAUGAAGAGCUUCUAGAUGAGAUCACAAAGACAGAAAAGAUCAAGAAGUCUUCUAAUAGCGAAAAUCAAAUGGAGACCUCAGAAGACGACGAGACAGAGACUGUCAAUGAAGAGAGACCAAACAUGCUAGACGAGAAGCGUGAAUCUGACGAUGAGGUUGUUGUACGUGACGAGGAAGAAGACGGUUUGGAAGUGAGAACUCUGAAAAAGUGUCUAUCCCAUUAG